AAUGAUUGUUAGUCGCAGCCUUUAUAGUCAAGAUGUAUCACAAUAAAGACAAGCAAGUUUACUCCUGAUUUAGACAGUGUAUUUAAAGUUAUUCAUGUCAUCUGUGGUCACAGCAAACGUUUGACUUGGCACAGUAGGAAAAGCACAGGUGCAACUAAUAAAAUUAACAAUGACUCUAUCCAAUUAACGCGUGCCAGUGAGCCGACAUGCAGGGCCUUGGCAUCGGCACACCUGACUGGAAUGCAGCCCAUUAUUAAUGUUGUCCUGCAGAAUCUGUUGAUGUGCAUGGUGUGCUUCUACUCUCUCUACUACAUCGUGGUCAGUCUCUGCAUCGCACUACUCAGGGUUCAUGAGAUCAACAGCUUGUUGACUCCAUUUGACUACACAGCACAACCGUCAUGGCAGAACCCCAAAUACCUCGUUGGUGUAAUUUCCACAGAAGUGACCUACGUUUUGGGAGGGCUGGUAUUCGCCUGGAUUGUAGAGGAGUGGGUUUGGGAUUACGCCAUAACUGUCACACUGUUGCAUGUCGCGAUGACUGUAGCAGUGAUGUCAGACUUCCCUUCAGCUGAGCAAUGGUGGCUAGUUCUGGGUUCAGGCCUGGUGAUGAUGAUAUUUGGAGGACAGCUCAUGGCCUAUAAACUCUUCAGAAGCAACUUUGUCUAUCCAGCUGAACUACAGAACUUCUAAUGAACAUAAUGAGGAAAGCUUUUAACUGGCUUACUGGUUAAUCUCAGGUUGGAUACAUCCCAGUGGGUUCACUUUUCAAAGAUUGCGUUGCUAGGUUCAUGUUGCAUCGAUAAGAGCAACUACAGUAUGUCUAUCAAGACUGUAUAUAUUUU